AUGGACGCUGUUCUGCAGCUGGCCAGACGCAAACCAGUCCGUUCCCGUGCAGUCCUCCUGGUGGUUCUAGUGGCCACUCUAGCCUUGCAGUCCGACGCUUUCUUCUUCUGGCAAUUCAUGGGAGGUGGAGGUUCGGACUGCGGAUUCCGACCUUACGUCCAGGGCACGAUAGCUACGGGCUGCAUGUACCCCUACACGCACGGGGAAACCUGCUACUUCCGCUGCUGGUUCGGGUGGGUUCCCGUCUCCGGCGAUCAAAGAAUCGUGGCCAGGACCUGCCAGGAGGACGGCACCUGGUCCGGAGACAGCUUCACAUGCCGCCGCGUUGGCUUCUUCGGUAAGAAGUGAACGCCGGAAACAAGACGUGCGUGCAUCAAGAUCCGGAC